ACAAGCAGAAGUAACUUAAAACAAGAAGUUUUUCUUAAGUUACUAAAAUUUUGGUAUAGAUUAAUGUAAAUUUACCAUCAGCUUUCAUUCUUACUUACGCACACACAUUGUAUUUAAUAAAAGGGAGCUAAAUUACGGUUAAAAUCAAGUGUUUGAGAAAACGUAAGGUUUUUCUACACACUGUUUACAACGGAACGAAAUUGCACAAAUGGUGCGUUCGCUGCGAAAUACAUAUGCUAGAUUGUUAAAAUCUUGCGGGAAGGUCUCCUAAAAGGAGUGCCUUUGAUAAGAGGUUUUUCUCCUGGUAGUUAAAUAUUAAGAAUCUUAAAAAUGACGGAAAACCGCGGGAAUUUUUCAACUGCGACUAAUCAAAGUUCUAGCAGACCAUUUAAUUUUCAACACUUGGAUUUUGGAUCUAUUAACGAUGUUCAAAAUGAAAUGUCAGAAAAGCGAAGACAAUUCAAGCUUAAUUUUCAAACACAAGGUAGUAAUAUACCAUUUACCAAUUCAACAAAUUCAUCUCUUUCUAAUUCAACGGGAUCUGCAGCUUGUUUGCCAAUAUCUUCUCGUCCAAAUUUGCCUUUAUCUUUACCUAAACUACCAGUGAGACCAUGUAUUGCAGUUCCACAAGAAUUGCCUGAUAAAGCAAGGGAUAAACUACGAAUGUGUCAGUCAAUGCAAAGUACUGGAAAAUUGCAGCUAUCACCAAAUGUAGUAUUUGAUUUCACAAGUGAAGAUCUUCGAGAUCUGGGAGAAAUAGGGCGUGGAGGGUUUGGUACUGUAAAUAAAAUGAUUCAUAGGAUAAGUGAUACUGUUAUGGCUGUGAAGAGAAUUCGUUCUACAGUGGAUGAAAGGGAGCAAAAACAACUAUUAAUGGAUUUAGAAGUUGUAAUGAAGUCUAAUGAAUGCCCAUGCAUUGUGCAAUUUUAUGGAGCUUUAUUUAAAGAAGGUGACUGUUGGAUUUGCAUGGAGCUCAUGGACACCUCACUAGAUAUAUUUUAUAAGUUUAUUCAUGAGGUAUUAAAGGAAAGAAUACCAGAACGUAUUUUAGGAAAAAUUACUGUUGCCACAGUAAAGGCGUUAAAUUACCUCAAGGAAAAAUUAAGAAUAAUUCAUAGAGAUGUAAAACCUAGCAAUAUACUGUUAGAUCGACACGGAAAUAUAAAACUUUGUGAUUUUGGUAUAUCAGGACAAUUGGUGGACUCUAUUGCACGAACCCGAGAUGCUGGAUGUAGACCAUACAUGGCACCAGAAAGGAUAGAUCCUCAACGUGCAAAAGGUUAUGACGUUAGAAGUGAUGUAUGGUCACUAGGGAUUACAUUAAUGGAAAUUGCAACUGGUUAUUUUCCUUAUCCAAAAUGGAAUUCAGUUUUUGAACAACUUUACCAAGUAGUUCAAGGUGAUCCACCACGAUUAUCUCCUAACGAAAAUGGAAACCACUUUACUAUGGACUUCGUAAAUUUUGUGAACACAUGGAAUUUAUAUUUAUUUAUAUAAUUAUUUAAGGAAGAGACACAGCGACCGAAAUACAACAAAUUGUUAGAACAUCCUUUCAUCAGAAAGGCGGAAGAAGAUACAGUUGAUGUUUCGGCUUAUAUAAGUGGCGUUCUCGAUAACAUGUCUCUCAGGGGAUUGACGCCUUUUACUACUAAUCGGCAUUAA